AUGGCGAACAAGUUUGGAUUAGGUUCUUUAUCUUUAGAAACUAAAAAACCUAACACUACAGCGUGGAUAAAUAAAGCGAAACCUUACUUUGUGGAUCAAAUCGGAGACACUCUUCAAGGUGAUUUAGAUAUGAAUAAUUUUACCAUAACUAAUUUAAAGUCUCCGGAAAACGAUAAUGACGCCGUUCACAAGAAAUAUUUACGGGAACAAAUAAAUGCAAUUGGAGUAAAUAAAAACCAUUUAGAAGAUAAAAUAAGUAAUGUGAAAAGAUUCUUCAAACGUCAACUAAAUAAUAAAAAUUGUAUUAAUGAUACUAAACUACAACAAGAGGUAAAAGGUUUAAUAAGUUUUAUUCAAAAAGAAUUGGUCAACGUAGCGAAUAAAACUGAGUUACAAAAUUUAAUUUCAUUAAUAUCUAAAUUAGAGGAUAAGAUUGCAAAACAAAAAUUAGACAUUCAACAAUUAAUAGAUAACAUUCCAGAUGAAAAUGAAGAUACGUUUCAACAGGAAUUAAAUGCUCUGGAAACUAAACUUAACAGUGAAUUACAAAAAGAACUAUCAAAUAUUAAACAACAAAUACAAAACAUAGAUGAUAGCGAAAUCAAAACCUAUAUUCAACAACAAAUACAAAAUAUUGAUGAUAGCGAAAUCAAAACCUAUAUUCAACAACAAAUACAAAAUAUUGAUGAUAGUGUUAUUCAACAACAGAUAACCACUAUUAAUAACCUAGUUUUAAAACAGGACAAAAAUAUAGUCGCAUUAGAAAAACAUCUCAAGAAAGAAAAUAAAUCAUAUUACUUUAGUCUUCCAUUUGGAAGUUUGAGUAAUAAAGAUGCUCCCAUUACUGAUAAUAUUGAUAGAUCAAAAGAGUAUGAAUAUAAAAAAUAUGGAUUUAAAGCAAAAUUUGAUUCAAUAUUCUUCAGACAAAACUUUCUUUUAUCUAAUAAUUUCAACGCUCGUAAAGUUCUUCAGUUUAUCAAUGGUACAAAAAAUGUAAAAACUAAAGAAUUUGAAAUUAACGACGAAAACAAGAAGGUUAAUCACUUAUAUGAAAUUAAAACGAGUGGAAAAUAUAUAGAUAGGUUAGAAUGUUAA